AUGAAGUACACAAUCCUUCUCUUAGUUUGGGUUCCUCCUGCAAAAGCAGAGCUGGAGAAAAAGGCUUUCAUUUGGGACUGUGAUCGCAGGGAGCAGGAUAGCAGGACAGGGCUUGUGAAACAGGGAAGGAAAGAAGCCAACAUGAGUCUGCAUGCAUCACACUCGCCAGCUCGGUCUGGAGGGGGACGGGAAGGAGGUGCGAGUGAUUUCGAAACUAAAGAAGCCAUGACCCUCGACAGCUUAGCUAAUAAAUUAGCCACCACUGAUACCUCGGAGCUCAACUAUCCAGUGCGGGAGCCAGAGAAGGAUGGGGCGCACACCAGCAAAAUCUUCCUGGACAAACAAGAGAAACAGCGGCAGUUCGAAAUGAAAAGGAAGCUUCACUACAACCGAGGAGUGAACAUCAAAUUGGCCAGACAGUUGAUUUCCAAAGAUCUACAACGUGAGGACGAGGAGAAUGAAAACAAAGAAAGUUGGCAUGCCACCAGCCAAGACAAGACUACCACCAUGGAGGAAUCAGAGGAAGGCCCCACCAGCGACGAGGAACUGCAGACCCAGUCAUUCUACGACGAGAAGACAACGUUUGAUCAACGCUGCAAUUGUUUGUCAGAUCCAAACCCUGUUACUAUAACCCGCGGCUUCUUGUUCUGUAGAGCUCAUGCUUCAAGUACUGAAAUACUUAUCAGUUAA